AUAGUUGAAUUCCUAGAUCGAUAAUCAAGGUAUGGAGAACGGAGCGCGGAAACAAGAAUCAGCGGGUGAAAUGUGGUUUGAGAAAUUCUACGAGCCAGUAUUCGAUUUACAAGAUAAUGAAUCAGUUUUAGAUGACGAAUUCGCCAAUAUACGUGAGGAAAGUAUCUUUUCGAGGACUCAAGUUCCUAUAUCUAAAAAUGAUUUUGAUAAAAUAAAAAAUGUAUAUGAAAGAGUUUGGCUAAUGGAAAAAAUGAAAGAGGAUAACCUCAAAGACGAAGAGGACGACGAAAGAAACAUUUUAAGCAAUGAUUUUGACACAUCCAACUGUAUUUGGACACAAAACGAAAUAGCUACAAUAAGAACGGAAUAUAUGAAGAUAAAGAAAGAAAAUUCAAGAUUAAAUGCUUUAAUAACGCUAUAUAAACAACAAAAUGAAGAAUUAGAAAAGAAUGUAAAAGAAAUUUAUAAAAGAUAUGAAGAAAAGCAUAAAAAAUAUUUUGAAGGGAAGAAGAAAUGUGACCGAUUACAGAUUUUAUGUAAAAGUUUAUAUAAAGAUGUUGAAAAGUGUACACUUCGAGUUGAAAAGUUGGAAUAUUUGUUAUGUUCACUUCGAAACGAAAGAAUUGAUACUAAUAAAGAAGUUACGCAACUAAAAACCAAUUUAAAUGUUGAAAUUGUUCGACAUCAGAGUGAUUGCGCUAACUUUGAAAGAGAAAGGAGUAAUCUUGAAGCGUCUUUUAAACAGAAAGAAGAUGAAAUAAGAUUAGGUUAUAGUCAACAAAUUUCGAGGUUGGAAUACAAAUUGGACCAAUUGACGGAUGAACUUGAAAAAGAGAAAUCCGAUCAUAAAAGAACUCUUAAGGCAUUAGAACAUUUAAGAAGGCAUUUUAUGACUGUUAAUAUUGAUGAAGAUAAACAAUCAGAUGAACUAGGAGAGUUUGUUAGAGGUUGA